AUGGAGAAGGAAUAUCAAGAACUAGAUCGACGGCUCUUCGAUAAGAGACGGCGCGAUGGAACGGCAUGCGUACUUCUACAUGGACAGCCUGGCAGCGGCAAGUCCCAUCUAGCUCGACAAUACGUCAACAAAAACCGAAAAAAGUUUGGUGGAGGAGUGUUCUGGAUCACAGCCAAGUCGAAGGAGGAAAGAUACCACGCCUUUUGGAACCUCAAGCAAAAAGUCGUCUGUCGAGACAAGCCAGAACUGUGUGACGGCAUCAAUGGCAAGGACUUUGUUCCACUGGUCAAAGCCUGGUUUGAAGGACGACAGGAGUGGCUUGUGGUCUUUGAUGGCGUCACGGUUGAAAGAGAUGAAGACACCACCGAUUUCGCGAAUUUCGUACCGGACAGUCGAAACUCGAGCAUUAUCUAUAUCUCGAGAGCUAGGAGUCUCGAGUCUAAGCAACGACUACUACGGCCAUUUCCUAUCAAAGUUGGACCUCUGAAGGAGGAUGACGCUAAGAAGUUGCUUUUCAAGGAACUGCACAUCAAAAGACCAACAGAGGCUGAGAAGAGGAAGGCAAAUGAGCUGGUUCGGAACAUCGGCGGUCUGCCUUUGGCCAUCAAUGCCAUCAGUCAGCGCCUGGCUGACACCCAUGAGCCUCUUACAAAGUACAAGCUAUCAUACAGCGCUGAUCCGACUAUCGAAGAGACCUACAACAAGAUUCUGGACGAUCUCCAGCGUCUGGGUCAUAUGGAAGCAUGGAACCUAAUACAUAUACUAUGCUGGUUUGGGCACGAGAUUCCGGUAGAGAUGGUGCACCUUGGAUUAAGGAUCCUUCGCACCAAUGUCGAGGUCAGGGCAACCGAGAUUGGAGGGAGACCAGAUAUAAACACUACGUUUGGAGAGUUGAGGCGGUACGCACUUAUCGAAAGAAACGAGCCUGACGACGUGGACUCCAUGUCAUCGAGCCGGAACAGCCUGGUCGACCCAGAGCCAAUCGACAUGCUCAAAAUCCACAGCGUCGUCCAGAACUUCUGUUGCGACUCGCUGAACACCAGAGGUUUACUCCCACAAUGGCUGGGAUACGCUGUGGGGCUGUUCUCUUUCUCUUACCACCAGGCAGAUCUCAAGAUCAAACAUAGGCCAGAUACUGCCCGGGUUUCUGAUUAUCGAUACUACAAGGUACACGGUCAGAGGCUCUGGGAUCACUCUGUGCAUUACGAGAGCAAGACCCAAGAUCUUGGGAGUAUAAGGCAGAUCCUACAGCCAACAUUGAGCAUAAUCAAUGAAGAGAUCCUGCAACACGAGCCUAGCUCGUCCCAGGAAAGCUUGAAAAAUGGCAUCUUCCAGAUCUCCAUCUUCGACAGGACAAGUAGCAGCUCGGAUUCUGGCCCAGGUCCUCUCACGCCUGACCAUCGACCUACUCCUCCGCCACUCGACAAUGAGACUCUGUUUGGAUUCCCAAAGGGCAAGACAGCAGACUCGCCUGGAAGCUUUGAUGCUGCUUCAGUCGGAACACGUCCCAAAAUAGUCGGCUACAGCCCGCGACUGCCAGAUUUGGACGACAUCGGUUAUGAGAGUGAGCAAGAAGGUCAACGUACAUCGCGUCCUAUGCAGCAGGAUCUUUCUGGUCAUACCGCACGGCCCUCACCCCCGUCUCUCGCACCAGCUACAGCUAAGACCUACGAUGAAGAUUGGCAAGUCGUGCCGUCAGCCUGGAAGCCAAGAAAACCCCGUGGCCGUCGUGAUCUAGGAAGCUUUCGGCCUACUACGGCAAGACCACAAAUAGACAGGAGGAGUGUGGCUGGAUCUGUCGUUCAGUCAGACCCAGAUGAUAGGCAGGUUAGGGAGACUUCUCCAGCCUUUAAGUCGCUAAAGAAAGUGCAAUCCCGUAGUCCUCCACCUUCGCGAAAUGGUAUAGCAUCACUCUUCCAACGUGGACCACUAGGUCGUACUACAGCUCCGCCUGUCACGCAAACAACGUGGGCCGGCAUUGCAGCGGGAAGAGCAGGUCAGCAACCGCAACAACGAAGCAAUGGACCAAGUUCCGCUACUGCUGGUCGACCUGCGGCACCUAUGAUCAUGGAGCGCGGUAGAUCUCGUGAAAGCUUGAGAAGCAGGCGAGAUAAUGCUCGGUCGUCCCCUUCGCCUUUGGGGUCGGAAUUCGUACCGCGUCGGGGGUCAGCAGCCGAUACAGGAGAGGAGAACGUUCGCACGGGUCCAGCGUAUCCUGCCUAUACGAAUGAGCGCCCACCGGCCGGUUUCCAGUAUACUACUCCUUAUCCAGGGUCCAGUUCCAGUCUUGCGCAAAUAGCGCAAGGGCGGCCUAUCGACGGUAACUUGCCAUAUUAUAACCCCCCGCCACUGGGGCCCAAUUUAGCACCUCUUCCAGUCGAAGAAAGUAUCACCAUCACAACCAAGCGUCCCCUCCCUCCUUACCUCUACGAGCAGCCACCGUCGCCCUUCUUCCCGCCACCAGAAUCUCACUACUCAUCGCAACCGCAAAGUCGAACCAGCCCUCAUCAACCUUAUCAACAAGUGUACAACGCGCCUUAUCCGCCACCAAUUAUGCCUGCAAUACCAAAAGGCUACUACUCGCAACCCAUGUCACGCCAUCACUCCGACCAAUCUCGCGACUCUACAGCAGAAACAGACCCAGUUCGCUAUCCCUCAAACAUUUCACCACGGAUUCUGCCCUCCGACGCCCUGCGGGAAAGACAUUCAGACGGCCGCCCCUUUCGCAAGUCUCCCAAAACCGACUUCGCCCGACCCAUAUACUCAGCUCACUCGUCCCCACGCAUCCAGCCCCACGACCUUUCCCACACUGGCGGCUGGGCCUACCCAUCGCCGUCCCACUCAGCCCCGGAUCCCUACGACAUGUCCAUGUCCCGCUCGUCGUCCGGGCCUGGCGUAGCAGUCUCAGACGCACCUGGUAGAAUUAUACGUUUCGACAACGCAGGCAGCGUGCAAUUUGGUGAACACCAGCCUAUCAGUCUUGAAGAAGCGAGACGGAGGACCAAGCAGCAUGCCGUGAGGUUGCAGGACAGGCACAGGGAGAUGGAGGCGUUGAAGGAGGUGGAUGAGGAGAGUUGGAGGCGGAGGAGGGUCGAAGAGCGGAAAAGGCAGAAAGGAAGGGUUAUGCAAGAGGGAGAGGGGAGGAGGGAGAGUGCACCAUAUCCGGAGAACAAUCUGAUUCCGACUGAAGAAGGGAUCGUGAGAGAAGGUAGGCCAAGGGGGUUGAGUGCGCCGAAUAUGGAUGAGGCAGUGGGGUUGGGUGUGAACCUGGGUUGA